AUGUCCCGCUACGGCACCGGCGACGGCGACGUCGACGAUGACGACGAGUAUUGGGACAGCGACACGGACGAGAUCCACUCGCUCGCCUCGGAGGAGCUGCACGAGGGCCGGCCGAACCGUUGGACCGGCGCGGCGUCGACGUGGAGGACCCUCACCGAGGAUGACAGGCAGACCUACGCCGCCCUCGAGGCCCUCAGGAGCAGGGACCUCGCCGCACACCUCUACAACGCCUUUGCGCUGAGGCGGCCUGGUCUACUGGCUGCUGGGAGACUGCAGGACACAAACAAGCAAACGGGUGGCCAAGUCAGUGCCGAGGGAUGGGCGCCCCAGAAGUCGUGGACCGCCUGGCCUAUGCGGGAGGACGUCGUGCCGGCAGAGGACUUCAUGAAUCGCCGGGCCGACGACGGCGACGGAGACGACGCCUUCGUUUUCCGCAGCCGGCAGCAGGAGAUGCCGAGCACCGGACUCGAAGAGGAGCUGUCCGCCACGAUGCUGAGGAUCGCCAAGGAGAGGUUCCGGCGGAGGGAACUGCGAGCCUCACCCAUGGCGGCGGAGGAGGAGGAGGAGCCGUCAUCGCCCCAGGCCAUCAAGCCCUCGAUUGAAAGUGGAGACGAGUUACCGGUGCGCAUCAAGGUGUCUUCGAGUCAGGACGAAUCCGACGGCGGGGGUGCGCCGCUAGACUCCUCACGUGGCAGGAAACGCCAGCGUCGGGAUUCACCCACAUUUCUACCAGUGAUCUCGGCCGACGACGACCUCUCGUACGAGCUGCUCCGCCCAGCGGCAAGGAACAUCAUCGGAAACCUGGACGCGGCACUGACCAUCCUCCACAACGUCCGGGUAGCCGGCCUGAACCGCCUGUCCGAUCCCUCGGACAGCGACGGGGAGAAGUCGGCCUCUGGCGACGCUGCUGCUGCUGCUGCGCCUCGCCGGGGGAAGCGAAGACGGCCCGGGCGCGAACGGUCGCGCCCCACGCGGCGGCGGAGACCGGUGCCGCUGCGCGAGAGGCGAGCCGGGCGGCCGCGCCGCGCUCACGCGCCCAGGGACGGGGAGACGGAGCAGGAGAUGCGCGUCAGGGUGGCCAGGGAGCAGAAGAAGCGGAUCCCCGUCUUCUCGGACGACGACGACGACGAGGGCGAGUCGACGGGGCCGGAGGCGAAGCCCCACAGGCCGAGGAGCGGACAACGACGACGACGUAGUAGUAGGGGGAAAUCGGUGCCGCGGUCCGGGAGGUCUGCCGACGGGCGCGGCGAGGACUGGCAUAGGGAGAAGAAAUUGGCUAAUUGGGGGCUGAGGGAUUGGAGGGAUGUCGUGGGAGCGGCUGCGCUGGCUGGGUUCUCCCCUACGGUGGUCGCGCGUGCGACUCAGCGAUGCGCGAACCUCUUUCACCAGCAGAUGGAGAUCCGCACCCUGGUGGAGGAGCAAGCCGGCCCGGCGAGCGGCGACAGGGAGGAAACCGCACGGUACAUCCCUGGAAACCCCGUCGUUUCAUCAUCGGACGAGGAGACGGAUGCCAUGGAAGAGAUGGACCGGGUCCGGGCGGCGAGCCGCCACUCGAGCGUCAAGCCGGGAGCAGCGUCGUCCUCGGAGGAGGAAUUCGGGCAGCGCCGGGCCCGCCGCGGCUCGGUCGUGUCGACCGUGGCCCUGUCGUUCUGCCACCGCCGCGGGUGCCCCAGGGCGGUCGACGGCUUCGGGCGCCGGGAUAACCUCGUCCGGCACCUCUGGCUCGUCCACGGCGAGCGCGACCCCGCGGCGGCGGCGGCCAGGGACGAGGAUAGGGCGGACGAGAUGGUCGGCGCCGUCCACGUCGACGGGUUCCUCAAGCCUAUCAAGGCUAGGACGGGUUGGAGGGGCGCGGAUGCCGUCAGGAGGACUAGGUUGGGGAAGUCGCGUAGGAGGGCGGGGGAGUCUGGGGAGUCUGAUGAUGGAUAUCGGGCUGAGUUCAGCGACGAUAUUGUAAAGGCUGAGCCUGAGGAGCCUUGGAUCUAG